AUGGCUUCCGACGAGGAGAAGAACUCCAAUAACUACAUCAGCAAUGCUGGCUCUACCGACAAGUACCUGGCCGACAACGGCGACGUUGCGGCCGGCCACACUAUGGACAACGCUGAUGGUCUGCACCGUCUCCUCAACAACAGACAGAUCCAGCUCGUUGCCAUUGGUGGCUCCAUUGGUACUGCUCUCUUCGUGAGUAUCGGUGGUGGUCUUGCCCAGGGUGGUCCCCUCGGUUUGUUCCUCGCCUAUACAAUCUACUCCGGUAUCCUCGCAUGUGUGAACAAUGGUGUCGCCGAGAUGAGCACAUACAUGCCCGUUUCUGGUGGCUUUAUCCGUCUCGCCGGUCAUUGGGCCGAUGACGCUCUUGGUUUCAUGGCUGGUUGGAACUUCUUCCUCUACGAAGGUCUUCUGAUUCCAUUCGAAAUCACCGCCAUCAACCUUGUCCUUUCAUACUGGAGCUCUGAUAUCACGAACCCCGGCCCUACAGCUGGCAUCUGUAUUGGUGUCAUCAUACUAUACGCUCUUUUGAACAUCUUGGCUGUCAAGGCCUACGGUGAAGCCGAAUUUUGGCUUUCGGGCGGCAAGGUUAUCCUGAUUCUUAUGCUCUUCAGUUUCACUUUCGUCACAAUGGUUGGCGGCAACCCUCAAGGUGAUGCCUAUGGAUUCCGCUACUGGAAGAACCCUGGUGCUUUCUCGGAUGUCAAUGGUAACACUCCCCUUGGUCGCUUCGAGGGCUUCCUCGGCGCUCUCUGGAGUGCCAGCUUUACUGUUGUCGGUCCCGAAUACAUCUCGAUGGUCGCUGCCGAGGCCAAGCGACCCAGUGUCUACAUCAAGGCUGCCUUCAAGACGGUUUACUACCGAUUCUGCUUUUUCUUCAUCAUGGGCUCCCUCGCUGUUGGUAUCGUCGUCCCCUACAAUUAUCCUCAGCUCGUCAAGAUUUUCGUUACUGGCGAGGAGGGAAGCGGCACUGCUGCUGCCUCACCCUAUGUCAUGGCCAUGGACAUUCUGAAGGUCGACGUGCUUCCUCACAUUGUCAAUGCGCUCCUCCUUACAUCUAUCUUCUCGGCCGGUAACACCUAUACCUACUGUGCCACUCGAUCUCUGUAUGGUCUUGCUCUUGAGGGUCGCGCUCCCCGAUUCCUGCGAAAGACAACCGCCUCCGGUGUUCCCAUCUGGUGCUUCUGCGUCGUCAUGCUGUUCCCCAUGCUCUCGUUCCUCCAGUGCAGCAGUGGCUCAGCUGAGGUUCUCAACUGGCUCAUUGCCCUAAUGACAGCCGGUGGUCUUAUCAACUACCUUGUCAUGGGACUCACCUUUCUCAACUACUACCGCGCCUGCAAGGCUCAAGGAAUUGACCGAAGCAAGAUGCCGUACUACGGCCGCUUCCAGCCCUGGUGCGCCAUCAUUGGCCUGGUCUUCCAGUUCCUCGUCGUUAUGUGCUACGGCUACAAGUCAUUCAAGCCCUGGGAUGUCGAGAGCUUCUUCAAGAACUACACCAUGCAAAUCGUCGCCCCUUGUCUCUUUAUCUUCUGGAAGCUCUACAAGAAGACUCGCUGGCUCCGUCCCCAUGAGGUCGACCUUACCUGGGAGCGCCCUAUCAUUGAUGCUUACGAGAACUCCAUCACAACGCCCCCAACUGGCUUCUGGCAGGAGAUGGGAAUGCUCGUUGGCAUUAAGGGCAAGGUGUAUUCGGAUGAAUAG